AUGAUGUGGCCCAGUGGUCUCGCCCACGGUGUGGGACGAUGGCUGGAGGUGGUGCGGCCGCCCAUGGAAAGCAGGAUGUGGCUCUUCGGGACCAAGACCUUCCUUUUUCCUUCAAGGGCUGAGACCCCGAGGUUUUAUGUGCUCCGGGGAGAGAUGACGAGGUCCUUGCAGGAGGCUGCAGUGCGCUGCUCUCCCUGCCAGGCCACUCGCAGCAGGACGCUGCGGGCUGCCCUCCAGCCGCUGACAUCAGCUCCCGAGGACAACAGCAGCCGGGCCUGUGCAGCCAGCGGGACCGGGAGGCCCAGCCGCACUGACACGCUGACCCUCCCGAUGAACUUGGAUGCUGGGAGCUAUGAUCGUGUGGACGACCCUCAAGAUGAUGCAAAAGCCCUAGAGGACAACUUGGAAGCUGCUGGAUUGCCUUUUGCAAUUCUUACUUCAAGGCACACCCCCUUCCAGCGAGGACUAUUCUGUAAUGAUGUGUCCAUCAAGUACCCUUACAAAGAAGACACCAUCCCCUAUGCCUUAUUAGGUGGAAUAAUCAUUCCAUUCAGUAUUAUCGUCAUGGUUAUGGGAGAAACCCUGUCUGUGUACUGUAACCUGUUGCACUCGAAUUCCUUUAUCAGGAAUAACUAUGUAGCCACUAUUUACAAAGCUGUCGGGACCUUUUUAUUUGGUGCAGCUGCUAGUCAGUCCCUGACUGACAUCGCCAAGUACUCGAUAGGCAGACUGCGGCCGCACUUUUUGGACGUCUGUGACCCAGACUGGUCAAAAAUCAACUGCAGCGACGGCUACAUAGAGAACUAUGUCUGCCGGGGGAACGUACAGAAAGUGAAGGAGGGCAGGCUGUCCUUCUACUCAGGCCACUCCUCCUUCUCCAUGUACUGCAUGCUGUUCGUGGCGCUUUAUCUUCAGGCCAGGAUGAGGGCCGACUGGGCGAGGCUCCUGCGGCCCACGCUGCAGUUCGGCCUCGUGGCCACAUCCAUUUACGUGGGCCUUUCUCGUGUCUCUGACUACAAGCAUCACUGGAGCGACGUGCUGACAGGCCUCAUCCAGGGAGCUGUGGUCGCAGUGCUGGUGGUCGUGUACGUAUCCGAUUUCUUCAAGGAGAGAAAUUCUCCUUUUAAAGAAAGGAAGGAGGAGGAUUCUCACACGACUCUGCACGAAACGCCCACAGCGGGGAACCACUUGCGGAGCAACCACCAGCCAUGAGGGCCGAGUGCCCAGGUGGAGCCGGCGGCUUGCCGAGGGAGGAGGUGCCACCUGAGGGCAAGGGUGGUCUCGGUCGGGUGCACCGCUCUGAGGACUCUGCUGCUAUCCCGACGCUCACUUUACCUGUGUGUAUAUACUCACGUAACAACAGCUGUCUAAUGGCUCCGAGUUCAUGAAAAAGUUCAAGCCUUUCACUAAAACAACGCCUCACCUGUACAUUUUUAUUAAAAUGUAAUGCUUAUGUA